CUCUCUUCCCUCGCGCUUGGUUUGGCUGCCCCCUCCCCCCGCACGGGCGCCUCGCUGCGGCAUCUCCCUCCCAACGCCUCCCCAAUUCGCCGCCGAUUCGGCCUCCCCAAGCGCCCAAACCCUAGAUCUGGUGCGGAUCCCGCGCCUCGCCGCCAUGUUCUGGCGCAUGACCGGCCUCUCCGCGGCCUCGCCCGUUGAUACAAUUCUAGACAAGGAGAACUUCACAUUAGAAGAGCUGCUCGAUGAGGAUGAAAUUAUUCAGGAGUGCAAAGCGUUGAAUACUCGACUCAUAAAUUUCUUGCGAGAUAAGGCCCAAGUGGAGCAAUUACUUCGUUACAUUGUGGAAGAAGUUCCAGAGGAUUCAGAGAGGAAGCGGUCUUUCAAGUUUCCAUUUAUUGCUUGCGAGAUUUUUACUUGUGAAAUCGACAUUAUCUUGAGGACCUUGGUAGAGGAUGAUGAGUUAAUGGAUUUGCUGUUCUCAUUUGUAAAACCUGACCAUCCGCAUAGCACUUUAUUAGCUGGUUACUUCAGUAAGGUGGUAAUAUGUUUGAUGCUGCGGAAGACUGCUCCUGUUAUGAAUUAUGUUCAGGAGCAUCCAUAUAUUGUGGUCCAACUUGUCGACCUCAUUGGCAUCACAUCAAUAAUGGAGGUGUUGAUAAGAUUGAUUGGUGCUGAUGAAACCAUAUACUUGAAUUUUGCCGACACAUUGCAGUGGUUAGAGAAUACAGAUGUCCUGGAAAUGAUUGUGGAUAAAUUUAGCUCAUCUGACUCCCCUGAAGUACAUGCAAAUGCUGCAGAAAUCCUAUCUACAGUGACUCGAUGUGCCCCUCCUGCUCUUGCUGCAAAAAUAUGCAGCCCAAGUUUUGUUGGUAGGUUGUUGCGUCAUGCUCUUGAAGAAUCAAGACCAAAAUCUGUCCUGGUUCAUUCAUUGUCUGUGUGUAUAUCUCUUUUGGACCCCAAAAGACUAGCAUCGGCCUCAUACCAAGCAUUUAGAAGCAACUUAAGUCAUGGGACACUGGUCACUGCCAGUCCAGAGACAGUUGAUGGUAUGCUGGAGAGUCUAGGUGAUCUGCUGAAGUUAUUGGACAUUACUUCUUCAGAAAGUGUUUUGCCUACAACAUAUGGAUGUUUGCGCCCCCCUCUUGGGAAACACCGUUUGAAGAUUGUUGAGUUCAUCUCUGUUUUGCUGACAAUCGGUAGUGAAAUUGCUGAAAAGGAGCUAAUAAGACAAUCAGCAAUAAAGCACUCCAUCAAUUCAUUUUUUCAAUACCCUUAUAAUAACUUUUUGCAUCAUCAUGUUGAGAACAUUAUCAUUUCUUGCCUCGAAGUUCAAAGAAAUCACCUGAUUGACCAUGUCCUUAAUGAUUGUGACCUUGUUGGUAAAGUUCUUGCCGCAGAAAAAAAUUCUUCUCUGUCAGCAGACUUCAAUGGGCCGACAUUACCGUCAGAAGGGAAAGAACCCCCAAGAAUUGGGAACAUUGGGCAUAUAACUCGAAUAGCAAAUAAGCUCAUUCAAUUGGGAAGUAGUAACAGUGUAAUCCAGAGUCACUUGCAGGAGAAUAGCGAGUGGGCUGAAUGGCAAACAGAUGUCCUGGUCAAACACAAUGAGGUGGAGAACGUUUAUCAUUGGGCAUGUGGGCGCCCAACUUCUCUUCAUGAUCGUGGUAGGGAUAGUGAUGAUGACGACUUCCGAGACAGGGACUAUGAUGUGGCAGCUCUUGCUAAUAAUCUGAGCCAGGCAUUUCGGUACGGGAUAUACAGCAAUGAUGACAUUGAAGAGGCUCAAGGAUCACAUGAACGAGAUGAUGAGGAUGUCUACUUUGAUGAUGAAUCAGCUGAAGUGGUAAUAUCUUCCUUGCGUUUGGGUGAUGAUCAGGACGGCAGCUCCCUCUUUACGAAUUCAAACUGGUUUACAUUUGAUGGUGAUAGAAGAAUCAAUGACCGGCUAGCUGCCUCUAUUCCUUCAUCAUCUCCCAAUUCUGAAGAGACUCCCCUUAACAUGGAAGAAGGCGAUGAGGUGCUAACUGGUGAAGCCACUGGCACCGAGUCACAAAUGGAAAGUGUAUCUCUUGAAAAUGGCUCUGUUGAGGAGACCGAGGAAUUAGCAGAAGUUGCAAAAAACACAGAUGCCAGUACAUAUGAUGAUAAAAUGUUGUCCACAGAAGAGGAAAAUGCGUUCAAAGAAGCUGAAGCAUCUGACCGACCUGUGGAUGUUCAAGAUGUCCAGGCUGACACACAAGCGGGAGAUGUGGCUGAAGCAUCACGUGGAGAGAUGGGUACAGAGAGAACAGUCGAAGAACUUGCCAGCUCAUCUGAGCCUGACAAAGACUCGCCUGGAGGCUCGACAGACUCUGCAGGCUCUAAUGAACUUGCCCAUGAUUCAGGCUCAGGGUCACAGUUGGAGGGAGAUUCACCUGUGGAGGUUGAUAAUGAAAAGAAAUCUGUGUUUGCUACAGCAAAUGAGUGAAGUAUAUGGGCUGGAAUUGUACCACAGACCAGGGCAGUUUUUGCCGGCCAGAUUCUUUCGCAGGCGAGCAAUGCCAAUUUGUCUUGCAUCCCAUGCUCAGGAACCGCGGACGAUCAUUCAGAAGCAAAGGAUGCUGCACAAUUAGAAAGGUGCUGCUUUUGCUAUGUGCAGUUGAUUGGUACCGUAUGAACGAGCACAUAGGUACAGCUGUGCACGCCCUGUUUAUCACGGGACUCUCUCGACUCAACCACAGAAGCUUUUCCUCGAUUCACAUGGACUUUUUGCCCCGUAAUGGUGGGAAAAUUAAUUAUUUUACGAUGUCAUUUGGUGGCAGCACUGCCUUACUGGUUGAUGCAUGCAAUGAGCAGAUAAAUUCUUCAGGUGGUUCAUGAUGUUGGGUACGGUGGUUAUUUCUUUCGCUAGGGUACUCACUGUAACUUCGGCAGUGAGUUUUUCCCCCUGGUUUUCUUAUCCCUUUAGAGCAACUGUUUUUGUAAUUUUUACCUCAUCAAGUGAAAUAUCUGGCCUCGUUUUGUGCGAUCAAA